AUGCCAAUUUUCAGCUUGGAGUUCGAAGAUCCGCUAUUUUGCGCAGCCUUUCAUCCAGAAAAGAAUGAGUUCGUACUAGGGCUCGCUACUGGAACAGUUUCGGCGUACAGUUACACUCUCGAUGGCCAGGAUCCGAAAGUUCUUUGGGCAACUAAGCGCCAUAAAUCAAGCUGCAGGUCGAUAGGAUAUACACAAGACGGCGAAUACGUCAUUAGUGCCGGCUCCGACAAUGUUAUUAAAAAGGCGUUGUCUGGGUCUGGUAAGGUUCGAGCAAAAGCCAAAUUGGAUGUUUCCCCCAGCGCAAUUGCCAUCAACGAAGCGUACCUCGCAGUUGGUGACGACGAGGGUACCCUCACAGUGUUUGACCUCGAGAAUCUGAAGCAAACCCACCAAUUAAAAUCCUUACAUGAGGACUGCAUCACAUCGGUGUGUGCUUUGGAAUUCAAAAACAAGUAUCACUUUGUUGUUACUGGUAUGACAAGCCUCAUCCAUGUCGAUCUCCGAAAUGGUGUCGUUUCAACCAGCGAAGAUCAAGAGGAUGAAAUGCUAUGCGGUUGUGUGCCAAGCGAACAGAAAUCUGUCUUCGGAAUGUCUGAAGGCGUCAUCACAAUCUGGAACAACGAUCAUCUUCUAGACCAGCAGAGUCGUGUCCGUUUAAGCAAAGAGAGUGUCGAUGCUGUUUUGGCUGGCGAAGGAGAAGACACUGUUGUUGCUGGAACAUCCGACGGUAUUGUAUUUGACAUUAAUAUUAUUUCAGGCAAGGUCAUUGCCAAGCGCACCCACUCCCCCUUGGAAGAGGUGUCGAUUCUGGACUGGGACAACGAUUACCACCUUGUGUCUGGAAGCAUGGGGUUGUUGAAACUCUGGAAUAAGGACGAGGUAGAUCCCGAAAAUAAGGAAGAAACGGCCGUGAAGAAGAAGAAGAAGAAAGGCGUGAGAGGCAAGGGGAAGUCUGCACAGCCCACCAAGAAACCCAAGGCUCUUUUUGAAGAUCUUUAA